UUUUGGGUCAGCGCACCGCGCGCAGCCGCGCAGUGGCUAUACAGUGCGGCAUGCAGCAACUAGCAACAAUCAACGGCGUUGAUCUCACUCCCUUGAAAGGUUUUCUUGGGCCGGAGAUUGGUAAUGAAGUGAUCGAUGUGAAGAGUUAAAGAUGUCUUCACUACUACGACCAUCUUCGUGGAUGGCACAUGCUAGUGUCUAUCACCAGCUAAUUGCUACUAAGAAUCUACUGUUCGGCCGGUGCACAUUGCUCGCAAACAGUCAUGUGACUUGCUCAGCAUCUGCGAUUGGUCUUGCAGCAACCAUUGGGAAAGAGACCACAGGUGGACAGUUUUUCAUUUUGAAACGAUUCAUGGCGACGAAGAAACAGACACUUCGAAAAGACACCAAACAGGUUGCUCAGAGGGCGCCGGGUACCGGGCAGGGAGAAGUGGCCAUUGGCCAGAGAGUUGUACAGGCUGGUAAGGAUGUCAGCUAUAUGGGUGUUGUCAUUGUCGGCAUCGGUGUAACAGCCAUCAUGUUUUAUGCAAUUGGUAGGGAGUUAUUUGCCUCCAGUAGUCCCAAUGCCGUCUACACCAAAGCCUACAAACUAUGCAACAAAGAUUCAGAGAUUAUUAAAGAGCUGGGUGAGCCAAUUAAAGGCUUUGGAGAAACCACAAGGAGGGGCAGAAGGAGGCAUGUGAGUCAUUUAGAGUAUGAGCAAGAUGGAGUGAAGCACAUGCGAAUGAAGUUUUACAUCCAAGGUCCAAAGAGGAAGGGAACAGUGCACCUAGAAGUGAAAGAGGGAGAGACAGGCAAGUACGAGUACCGCUAUUUGUUUGUGGAGUUAAACGGCUACCCUCACAGGACUAUCGUACUGGAGGACAACAGAUGAUUAUGAAUUGGAUUUUCUCUAUUGGAUUUGUGCGUAAAAAUUUAGGGCGCUAUAUAUUGUACUUAGAAGAAGCUGUGGACACAUUACACUGAUGAUUCGCUUGUUCAGAAAUCAAUAUUGUGUAUCAAUGGCAAAGAGACAUUGACUGAUAUGCACCUGAAUUGUCAGCACCAGAGGACGUCGUCGUGGGGGAAUUCGCCAACCCUUUUUUGAAAAUUGUCUUCUCCCUGCCACUUUUUAAUUGCCAGCUACAAUGUAUAGACUUAUGCACUGUGCUCUCCCAUUUGAAGAAAAGUUCUGCCGACCAAUCGCCAAAGUUCGACACAAUAAAUCGUCUUCCUAUGAAAAAAAAUGAACCGGUCGUAGUCUCGGAGGUGAUUUUGCCACGUUUAUGCCAUUCAAAGGCUGCAGUAAUCCCCCGUUUUAACUUCAAAUGAUCGGGGCCCAGAUUGCAAUCAUGUUUGGUCCUUAGUUUAUUCAGUAGAUACGCUCUUCUUUAAAUAAAGAUAUUUUUUACUUUUUGAGGUCUGCUUUGGACUUUUUGGAGCUCAAACAAUGCUUGGAUUAUUGUCUCUAAUUGUUGGGCACGAUUGGUGUGAUAUGCAAGUUUUAACUCGGAAUAAAAAAAAAACAUAGAAACUCUUUUUGCAACACACAAGUAGACACAGCUCUUUAUUCAUAGAAAAAAAAACAAAUUUUGGUUUGUACAUGUAACAUUGUCUUUAUAAAAUUUCAAAUGUUUAAUUUCAAGAAUAAAUUAUGAUCAACAUA